GAGAGAGAGAAAGGGAAAAAAGAUGAGGAGAUAUUUGAAAUAGAAAUUUCUCAAUUGUUGAUGUUUGUUAGUCUCAAGAAAUCUUGUUUUGUUGGGUUUUUGUUCCUGUGAACUACCGAUAUUUACUUUUGCAGUCAACACGAUCUUUACCAAUGGAUUUAAGAGCUGAUUUUUAUAGAGUAGAGCUGAAUCGAACCCUCUGGGAAAUUCCAAUAAAAUACACCAAACUAUCACCCAUCGGUUCUGGAGCCUACGGUCAAGUCUGUGCAGCUGAUGACAUUGCAUUUAGCCGACGAGUUGCUAUAAAAAAGCUUGCUCGUCCUUUUCAAUCGGCAAUCCAUGCAAAGCGAACAUAUCGAGAAUUCAAGUUACUCAAACACAUGGAACAUGAGAACGUUAUUGGUUUAUUGGAUGCUUUUACUCCAACGACUACUUUUGACAGGUUUCAAGAUAUGUACUUGGUUACUCAUUUGAUGGGUGCUGAUUUAAAUUCAAUCAUAAGAACGCAAACUUUAACUGAUGAUCACGUCCAGUUUCUGGUUUAUCAAAUUCUCAGAGCUCUUAAGUACAUCCAUUCAGCUGGAAUAAUACACCGGGAUCUGAAACCAAGCAAUAUCGCUGUCAAUGAGGACUGUGAACUUAAAAUUUUAGAUUUCGGGCUAGCUCGACAUACUGAAGCAGAAAUGACUGGUUAUGUAGCGACUCGCUGGUACAGAGCCCCAGAGAUCAUGUUAAACUGGAUGCAUUACAACCAGACUGUUGAUAUUUGGUCUGUUGGCUGUAUAAUGGCUGAAUUAAUCACAAGUCGAACACUUUUUCCUGGUACCGAUCAUAUUGACCAAUUAUUAAGAAUCAUGGCAGUUUGUGGAACCCCAGACGACGAAUUCAUGAAAAAAAUAACCAGUGAAGAAGCCAGACGUUACAUAGCAACUCUACCCAAAAUGCCCAAAAGAAACUUCACCGAUAUUUUCAAAGGCAUCAAUCCAAAAGCGAUUGACCUUUUGGAAAAAAUGUUGGCCCUUGAUGCUGAUCGUCGUCCAACAGCUGAACAAGCCUUAGCUCAUCCUUAUUUAGCUCAAUUUGCUGAUCCUAGUGAUGAACCGAUUGCCAAACCUUUCGAUGAUUCUUGGGAAGAACGUGAUAUGCCUCUUGAAGAAUGGAAAAAAUUAGUUUAUGACGAAAUGGUUCGAUUUGUGCCAAGAAGUUGAUACUCAUUUACAAAAUCAUUUUCAUCACCAUAAUCAUCAUUGUAUUCAUUAUUAUUAUUUUAUCACUGGUGUUAUGACGAGCAUGAUGAACAUUGGAUGAACAAUAAUCCAAUAACGAUUAAUAUGUCAGAUAUUUUUAUCAUCACCACCCAUGACGCUGUUUAUUUCCUUUCUAUACAGCCGUACUUAAUUAUUCUCCUUUCUUUAUCUCGAAAACUCUUGUAAGAUUUUAAUUUGUACAUUAUCUGAUUAAUUAAUCAUGUUUAGACAAUUUGUGCAAUUAAAUUUUGAAUUUUUAUCCUCAUGACCAA